CUGAUCAGAUUCUGUGGAAUAUGGCCUGUCCUCAAAAAGAUGGAUCAAACACAACACAUCCUUUAUUUGCGCAAGAAUGGCUUGAUUUUGAGGGACAGCAACCUGAACGGGAUCUCCAAUCAGAAGUUUUUGAAACUCUUCAAAACCAAAACAAUGUUUUAGGUUCUACACCUUUGUAUGACUUGGAUGGACUAGGACGACAAAUCGCAACUCAAAAUCAAGUCCAAACCUCUGAGCUUAUACCAACUUCCUCAAACUAUACAAAUAAUGUUGUUCAAGAUUUUUCUAUGUAUCAAUCUUCACAGAGCUCUAUGAUGCAGAAUGUUUUCUAUCCACAGUCUCAAAUGUUAAUGCAUCCAAAUUUCUAUGAGCCACAAAUGUUUACUGCAAAUCCAGUCAUGAAUUAUCAAACGGCUCAAAGUUCCAGGUUGGAGCACCAGAACCAAGACUACAAUCAAAUUCAUGCUCCUAACAUUAGAGGUCCACAAUAUGCUCCCAACUACAUCAUACCAUCGCAAGAUCAGUUGUUAACAACACCAGUGUAUCAAGCAACUCAGAGUCCUCAAAUGUUGGCUGAUUCUUAUUCACAAUUUCAACUUCCAAGCCAACAAACUUUUUCACUAGAAGAUAUCAAUACUAGGCACCCUGUACUGGUGCACAGUCAAGAGAAUACCUCCCAAGUCAUAGCCUCUAGUGGUAACAUACAACAUAAUGUUUUUUCUCCAAUGCAACAACUCUCAAUGCACCCUGCAUUAAUGCAUAGUCAAGAGAAUACCUCCCAAGUCAUCGCCUCUAGUGGUAACAUACAACAUAAUGUUUUUUCCCCAAUGCAACAACUCUCAAUGCAUCCUGCAUUAGUGCAUAGUCAAGAGAAUACCUCCCAAGUUAUAGGCUCUGGUGGUCACAUACAUCAUAAUGUUUUUUCCCCAAUGCAACAACUUCCAAUGUUCCCAAAUAGGCCAGAUCAGAUGAUUUACAAUGUGGGGAUGAGUAAUAGUAAUUUUCAACCACAAAAUGCUCCACUGCAUGAGCCAACAACUCUGUCUUUUGGCAUUCCAACUUCUGAGGAACUUAGCUUAAGAAUUUUGGGUCAUUCAGACAAAGGGCCCACUGAAGAAAAUAGUUUAAGGAAAGCAGAAAUAGCUGAACAAAGAAACAAUGAGGUAAGGUCCCAAGUUGUUUCAUGGGAUGAAGUUCCUAGGAAUACUCAAAUUGCUUCAUGUAAUGAAGUUCCUGCGAACUCUCAAAUUGUUUCAUUGGAUGAAGUUCUUGCAAAUAGCCAAAAUAUUUCGUGGGAUGAAAUUCUCGCAAAUAUUGAAACUGUUUCAAGGAAUGAAGUACAUGCUAAUCAACGUAACAAAGGAAAAGGAAAACUUCUCGAAUCGCCAUCAACUGGGUUGGAGCAUCGCAACAAAAAUCAACUAGUUUCUCCAAAUAUUUGUGAUUCGCAGGAUUCCCCCAACAAUAUGCCACCCCAGAUGAUGCAGCAAGUGGCUCCAGUUGCUACAACAGAUGGAGUUCAAGCAAAUCAAUGUGAUAAAGGAAAGCUUCCAGAGUCUCCAUCAACUAGGAUACAUUCCGGGACAAUUAAGAGAAUAACAUACAUAAUACCUAAUCAAACCGUGACAGUCGUUCCUUCUUCUUCACCUGCAACUCAACAAAAUCAAAGAGAAAUGGUUGUUAACCAAAAGGUUGAUGAUCCGGCAAAACAGGGAAAGAAAGAGAAUGAGCCUGUACUGCCCAAACGUCGUGGACGUCCUCCAAAACCACGUGGGCAAGGAGGAAAUAAUGUGUCCAAAAUCACAAAGAAGCAAAAGACUGGAAGUAGUUCUGCUGUAUCAGGAAAUGCUGAAACAAUUUCUACACCUCAACAGCAGCAAAUGACUCAUGGAAAUGUGUCAAAUGUGUCAAAUGUUCAAACCAGGAGAAAAUAUGAAAAUGCUAUUUUUCAUAAGGAUUGUGAUGGACCCUUGGACCCUCAUCUUAAAAAGUUCAAAGAUAUAUUUGAAGCAAAUGAGUAAUGUGUCAAGCCAACUCGAAAUGGAAAUGCAAGUGCUUGAAACUCUUAUGAGACCAUCUGAAUUAAAUGACGGCAUUUAAUAAAUUUAAUUAGACAUAAUAUUCAUAUUAUUUUCCAAAUAUGUUGUUACAUUAUUUAUGUAUGUCUAAAUUUUAUCGGUGUGCAGAUAGUACUAUUUGACCUAUGAAUAUUGACAUUAUUUUUAUAAGAGAAAAGACAAAACUUUAAGACAA